AUGCUCUACGAAGACAGCCUUCCCGAGGAUCUCGAUGCAGCAUGUUCUGCGGCCCUCAUGGCUGAUGUUGCUUGCGAUCCUCUCGUGCCGGCCCUCCGUCAUGACUUCUACUACCCUCCUGUGACACUGACACGUGUGUGCACCGCUGGCUGCGCUUCUGCGCUCCAGUCGUGGGAGAGCUCGGUCCGGUCUGCCUGUGGCAACGACAUUGUCAUUCCUGCCGAGGAUGACUUUGACGCAUCACCUAUUGUGAUCCCGGCCAGCCGCCGGUACAUCUAUAGCUUCACCUGUCUGAAGGAGAACAAUGUCUUCUGCGGCCCCGUUGCAGCGCUGGCAGCUUUCUUCACCGAUCCUGGAGGUAAGUAG